GCGAACGAACGGUCUGGCAAAUCCUGCGUCUGAAUUUAAUACAAGCUUUUUACUAAAUAAAACCUUGGCUAACAUUUGGUAGAGGAUUUGUCCGAUCGGAUCUGCCUUAAAAAAGUUCUUGAAACGCCAGCAGUGCAGGUUUGAUUACAGAUUAAAUAAAUAAAUAAAAUAAUAAUAAUAAUGCUCGUCAAGAACAUCUUUUACCAGAUCAAGGAGAAACUUAAGCCGAUAUGGCGUUAACAACAGUGUGCCAACUGAAAGACAAAGAUAUCCUUAAACAAAUUAUGUCACCGCACUUUUUAACCAAAUACACGACAACUUUAAUGAAUUAGCAGAGUGCUCAGCAGACUUUAUUUUAUUAAAGGAUCUGCAAAUUGCAACCCACACACAAUAGUAUUUUUAUGUAUUUGUCAUCAUCAUCUUCAUCUCAGCCACUGCAAGUCGAGACGACAUAACAUAUUAGCCAAAGAUAACUAACUCUGGUACAAAACUGGCUUUAAUAGGAGAAGAAGAAGCAUCGCUGCAUGAACCACUUGUUGGAUGGUCUGUCUGAUCUCCCAGUUUAGUUGCGACUUGCGAGUUACCGGCGACGCAGGAGGAGAGAGAACCGGCGAAAAACUUGUUACAUAAAAUUAAAGUCAAUCCUUUACAUCAUUUUUAUUAGUGGAAUGUUUGUUUUUUAUGCCAGAAAUAUUUUGGGUUCUGGUUCUGGUGUUAUGAAGGGCGUUUCGCUUAAAAUUAUUACUAAUGACAAAUUAACAAAAUGACAUUCAUAAUAAUUUAAGGAUUUCAGUUUGUUUGUUUCUGUUAAGUUUGUGUUUGUUCUGUUACAUAAGUUUGUGUCUGUUUAAAUAAAAAAAAAAGUUUUUAAAUGUUUAAUUUCAUACUUCCGUGUGUGAAAAUUGUUUCUUUUUUAAGUUUUGUGUUGUAUUUGUGACGAGUUUUGUGUUUGUGUUUUACUUGUCUGAAGAAGAAGAAGAAGAAGAAUGGAGCAAGUUGUUGAGAACGGGAAUAUCAUUAGCGACGAUGCCCCGAAGGAACGUUUCAACGCGAUGGACUCCAAUUCCUUGCCAAGAUCGCUGAAUAAGUCGGAGCCUGGAACGGGAUUGCUGAGGGCGGCACGGGCUGGAAAUCUGGAAAAAGUCCUCGAGUUUUUAAAGGGUGGGGUUGACAUUAACACCUGCAAUGCUAACGGACUUAACGGACUACAUCUUGCAAGCAAAGAUGGUCACGUUUCCGUCGUUCGAGAACUGCUGGAGCGGAAGGCGAAUGUAAAUGCGACUACGAAGAAGGGAAAUGCAGCGAUUCACAUUGCCAGCUUGGCUGGACAGGAAGAAGUUGUUCGAAUCCUCAUCGAGCACGGAGCCAGCGUCAAUCUCCAAUCUACGAAUGGAUUCACUCCUCUCUAUAUGGCCAGUCAAGAAAACCAUGAUGGGAUUGUCAAAUUAUUGCUGGCAAAUGGAGCCAAUCAGUCGCUCGCGACGGAAGACAUGUUCACGCCUUUGGCCGUGGCGAUGCAACAAGGUCACGACAAAGUGGUUGCGAUCCUGCUUGAAAGUGAUGUUAGGGGUAAAGUAAGACUCCCAGCACUGCACAUUGCUGCCAAGAAGGAUGACUGCAAAGCGGCCGCUUUGUUACUCCAAAGUUCUGCAAAUCCUGACGUGACUUCAAAGUCGAUGUUCACCCCAUUGCAUAUCGCUUCCCAUUACGGCAACUUGGCCGUGGCGACGCUCCUUUUAGAUCGAGGGGCUGACGUGAACUUCCAAGCUAAGCAUAACAUAACCCCGCUUCAUGUUGCUGCCAAGUGGGGGAAAGCACAGGUUUGUGCCCUCCUCUUGGAUCGAGGUGGAAGCAUUGAAGCGAAAACUCGAGAUGGUCUUACACCAUUACACUGCGCUGCACGGUCUGGGCAUGAACAAGUUGUCGACUUACUCCUGGAGCGACAAGCCCCAAUAAGUUCGAAAACCAAGAACGGGAUUGUACCAUUGGCGAUGUGUGCACAGGGUGACCACGUGGACGCUGCACGAAUCCUUCUCUACCACAAAGCCCCCGUUGACGAUGUCACUGUCGACUACCUAACGUCUCUCCACGUUGCGGCGCACUGCGGGCACGUGAGAAUAGCGAAACUACUCCUGGACCGAAAAGCAGAUCCUAAUGCGCGUGCCCUCAACGGAUUUACACCUUUGCACAUUGCAUGUAAAAAGAACCGGAUAAAAGUGGUGGAACUUUUACUGAAGAAUGGGGCGCACAUCGAGGCCGCUACGGAAUCUGGACUGACCCCGCUUCACGUCUCUGCCUUCAUGGGGUCCAUGAAUAUUGCAAUUUUCUUACUCCAGAAUGAAGCCAAACCUGAUGCGACCACGGUCCGAGGCGAAACACCGCUGCAUCUCGCGGCCAGAGCGAAUCAAACCGAUAUUGUUCGGAUCUUGUUGAGAAAUAAUGCUAACGUGGAUUCUGCGGCUAAGGAAGGCCAAACUCCACUCCACAUCGCUAGCCGACUGGGAAAUGCGGACUUGGUCAUGUUGCUCUUGCAAUCCGGUGCGACGGUUGAUGCCCCCACGAAGGAAAUGUACACGGCGCUACAUGUCGCAGCCAAGGCGGGACAGGAGGAGGUCGCUGCCAUCUUAUUGGACAAGGGUGCCGACGUAGCGGCCAGAACUUCGCGAGGUUGGACUCCUCUGCAUCUGGCUGGAAAGUAUAAUACUGGAAAUACCAAGGUUGCCAAUUUAUUGAUAAGCCGUGGCGCCCCUGUCAAUGCGGAAGGAAAGAACCAACUGACGCCACUUCACACCAGUUGUCAUCAUAAGAACAAUGAAGUUGCAUUACUUCUUUUGAACAAUGAGGCAGACCCGAAAUGUUUGGCAAAGAACAAUUACAGCCCACUCCACAUUGCUGCCAAGCAAAACCAGAUCGACAUUGCCACCGCACUUUUAGAAUAUGGAGCAGAGGUCAACGGCCAAUCUCGUCAAGGCUACACACCCAUCCAUCUGGCUGCCGACCAAGGCAAUACAGACAUGGUCGCUCUUCUUAUUCAGCACGGAGGUGACGCAAAUGCCGGAGCAAAGAAUCAAUUACGACCUCUUCAUCUGGCCGCACAAAAUGACCAUGUCAGGUCAGCAAGUGUAUUGGUCAGCUCUGGUAAUGCGGAGAUUGACCCUCAAACUCAAUCUGGCUAUUCCCCACUUCACGUCGCAUCCCACUUUGGACAAGCCGGAAUGGUCCGCUACUUACUGCAGAAUGGUGCAAAUGUUCAUUUGACCACUGAAGCCGGCAACACGGCCCUCCAUCACGCCGCCCAACAGGGACAAACGUUGAUUAUUACGCUCCUCCUGGAGAAGAAGGCAGACCCAGACGUGGUCAACAACAGUGGACAAAAUCCACUCGCCAUUGCAGAAAAACUUGGGUAUGUCUCGGUCGUCGAAACUUUGAAAAUUGUCACCACCACGAUCACCACCACGACAACGACGACCACAACGAUUGAAGAACGAUACAAAGUUCUCGCCCCCGAAUCAAUGAAUGAGAAUUUGGCUUCUGAUUCUGAAGAUGAAGGUGCCGAAGAUGCCGCCAAUGAGGCUUAUCGAUACUUGACCGUGGAUGAUAUGAAAUCACUCGGAGACGAUAGCAUGCCCAUCGAUGUUACUCGGGAUGAACAGCCUCACCGUGAUUCUGGAUAUUUACACGGAGAUGACAAAUAUGAGAACAUUGUCACGCAAAAGUACACCCAGCUCGCCGCUGAUAACGUUGAUAUUUCCAGAACCCCAAUACAAAUCGGAACCCCCAUCAGCGCAGUUUCGUUAAGAUCCCUUACAUCCACACCCACCACGAGAUACAGCCUUAACUUCAACGUGAGCCGCAAUUCCACUGCAACACUUGGAAUGUGUCGAGACAGUUUCUUGGUCAGUUUCAUGGUCGACGCGAGAGGUGGUGCGAUGCGAGGUUGUCGUCAUUCGGGGGUCCGAGUAAUCAUUCCGCCUCGAAAAGCUGCAAGUCCUAUGCGGAUUACGUGUCGCUAUCUGAAAAAGGAUCGACUAGUGCACCCUCCUCCACUCAUGGAAGGUGAAGCUUUGGCUUCCAGGAUUUUGGAGUUAGGACCCGCAGCGGCCAAAUUCCUUGGCCCUGUUAUCCUAGAAGUGCCCCAUUUCGCAUCGUUAAGAGGUCAUGAAAGAGAAAUUGUUAUUUUGCGAUCGGAUAACGGGGAAACUUGGCGUGAGCACAACUUGGAUGCGACUGAAGAAGCAGUGCAGGACGUUUUGAAUGAAUCAUUUGAUGCAAAUGACCUGAAACAAUUGGAAGAUCUGAAAACCAACCGAAUCACGAGAAUACUAACAACGGAUUUUCCUCAAUAUUUCGCCCUUGUCUCCCGAAUUCGCCAAGAAGUUCACGCCGUGGGUCCCGAAGGUGGAAUGGUGUCUUCCACUGUAGUUCCCCAAGUUCAAGCCGUUUUCCCACAAGGCGCUCUCACCAAGCGGAUUAAAGUUGGUCUUCAGGCUCAACCGAUUCAUAUCGACCUUGUCAACAAAGUGGCGGGGAGCCGGGUAUCGGUGUCGCCGAUUGUGACGGUGGAGCCGCGUCGUCGCAAGUUUCACAAGCCGAUCACUCUAACCAUUCCCAAGCCCAAGAGCCAGGACCCCAACUGCGUCCUCCGACUAUUGUGUUCCAUUACAGGCGGGACGACGAGGGCGCAGUGGGAAGACGUCACCGGUUCGACGCCACUCUCCAUUGUGAACGACUGUAUAUCCUUCACGACCACGGUCUCUGCAAGAUUUUGGUUGAUCGAUUGUCGCCACGCCAGUCAUGACGUUACCCGGAUGGCUACCGAUUUAUAUAGAGAAGUCAUCCACGUUCCAUUCAUGGCCAAAUUCGUCAUAUUUGCCAAGAGAAUUGAAUUGACAGAAGCCAGGCUGAGAGUGUUCUGUAUGACGGACGAUCGAGAAGAGAAGACUUUGGAAGGCCAAGAACAUUUCACUGAGGUAGCUAAAAGUAGGGAUGUCGAAGUCUUGGAGGGGAAACAACAAUGGAUCGAAAUGGCUGGCAACUUAGCCCCUGUGACCAAGUCGGGAGAGCAACUCCGUCUGAAAUUCAUUGCCUUUAGAGAGAAUCGGUUACCUUUCCUUGUACGCCUGCGAGACGUCAAUGCUGACGCGGUGGGUCGUAUAAUCUUCAUGCGAGAUUCUAAGUCAUCCCAGAAGGGGGAUCAGGCUCCUGUGUGCAACCUGAACAUUGUCCUACCCGACCAAAUCAUGCCGGACGAGCCUUCAUUACCGCCCUCCAUCUCCUCCUCACCAAGACUGCCCUUGCACACGAACCGGUACAACAUCAAGAAUGUAGCCUACUCCUCCACCCCAAGACAUGGGGUUCUCUCGGUUGGAGAGAUUCAUCGUGGAGACCUCAAGAUUUCCGAUGUUGCAAACCUCCUGGACGACGAUUGGAUACCACUGGCACGAAAUCUGGGAAUAACUGAUCCAGACAUUACUAUAAUUGAAGCGGAAUAUCCUCAAAGUCCCCAUCAGCAGUUCCCAUCGCAGGCAACCGUUAUGCUCAGAUUGUGGAUGCAGCAAGCUGGUGACCGAGCUACGGGGAACACGUUGGAGAAAGCACUAGAUUCUAUUGGGCGUGGAGACAUUAUAAAACAUUGUAUAGGAAAUAUCGCCCCAGUCACUGAUGCCUCUGAGAAACUUUUGGCCCAAUCUCAAGUAGCUCUCGAGUCUCAAAUCAUUCAACCACAAACCAAACAAGACAGAAGGAAUCUUAGCCUUGAUGACGAACAGGACUUGAUGAAGGACUCUGAGUCAUUAGAAGACCUGUCACAGACCGAUGCUUUCAGAAAUAAGCAGGCAAAGAGAAGAAGUAUGACCCCCACGGAUGAAGAGGGCGGUCCCAAUGUUAUGACCUCUUCGUACGAGAGAGACGAACAAAAAUAUUCCGCAGAAGAAAAAGAAUCGCGGCCCGAAGAGAAAGUUAGCGCGAAAGAACGCGAACUGUCAGCCCAAGCCCCUCCUCGCACACAGGAAGAAGAACCAGAAUACGAGCCUGUUGGCCAAUCAUCUUGGUCACAAGAAGAACAAGAACAAGAACAAGCUCCAGUUGGAGAAGGGUCAAGUUCAAAGUCCAAAGUUGCAGAAGACAUAAGCUCUUCGCCUUCCCGAGUUGUAGAGAACAUUGGAACUUUCCGAGAUCGGAAAGCCUUCUGGGAAGAGAAAGAUGAGGAAGAGAAGAAAAAACGAGAAUCCGUCUCGUCCGUGGAAGACUACACGCAAGGCAUUGAAAACACGGCGUUCAUCGGGCAAGAAGUUAUUGACAAGAGUGGUCACGUUUUGGAACAACCCUCCGCCAAACUUAGGACGCCUUCACCGUACGAAAUAGAACGGAGUAAAGAAGCAAUUUUCCUGGAUACGGAUGAGGAGGAAUUACGUCAAAAGACUGAUAUGACGACCGAGAGGAAAGUGCUCUUCAAAGGGGACGAGCAAAGCGUCAGUGUCGAGGAGCAGCUUACCUCAAUCUCGUCCAGCGUGAGUGGAAGGGACUCCGUGGACAAGAGUGAGAUUGAGACGAGUGAAAAGGGACCGCAGCAAGGACAUUCGGAUAAUAGUUUGAAAGAGGCGAGAACAGCGGCGACAAAUUUGGUGACGGAGAUUGAGUCCAAGGUGGGGCAACAGUUUGGACUUGGAGAUGUUGUGGGGGAGUCGAGUAUGGACAUAACGGAUGAAGAGUUGCUCUCCACGGGAGAAUUGUCUUCGCCGGAGACGCAGAGGUCGACAAAGGCCCAGUCCUCCAGCGCUCAACAGCAACAGGCGCAACAACACCCUGAAUUAGACACUACCACCCUUGAAGGUUCUGGCACCGGGCCUUACGACACAUUUGCCGUGAAGUCCUCCUCCUCCGGAGAAUUUUUCACCGCUCCGGAAGACUCCACUCUCAAAAGCUCUUCUGACGACCCAUCCCGCCCUAAAUCCUGGGACUCCUCCAUCCUCGGUCAAGUCUCUGGCGGAUCGAAUUCCGAAUACCAAACCGCCCUCAGCGCAGGUUCUGGUGCUUCAUCGUCAGAAAGCUAUUUAGGAAGUUUGUCCAGCGACGCUUCACAAUCGGAAACUUUGGUCGCUUCUCAAAUUUCUCUGGCACGCGAUCAAGAUCGCGACUUUCUCCUUGAUGAUGAUGACAAUUCUGCAUCCGUACAAUCACCACCGCCUCCACUUCCACCUCGCGACCAUCCCCGACCAGCAGAGCCUCAGGUUACUCAAUCACCAUCCAAAGCGUCACAAGUGGGGCAACGUUCCGUUCACUGUGAGGCUGGUCCCAGUGGUGGAGAAAGUGGGUCAGGAUAUCCCGUCACUUUGACGUCCAGCACGAGCGGAACGACCGUUUGCACUCAGGUCGAAACCAGCGGAACUUUCAAAUGCGAAGUUAAAGGUGAAGCGACACGUGAAGAUGACCAAGAGGGAAACAUAAUGGUUUUGGAACAUCAUCACCACCGCCCCCUCGCACGACGCUCCGUUUCCAUGUCGGAUGCCGACCCUUCUGCGCUGGAACCACCGAAAAAGACACACCGCCGAUCAGAAUCGCAGUCGUGGAGUGAUUCUCUAAUGUACGGAGUGGAAGAACAAAUCAGGGAGGAAGUUAUAGAGGAAGAAAUUUCUGACUUGUUCUCAAGAGGGGGAAGUUUUCAGCAACGGUCGAUAGAUGAUGAUCCAAUUGAACGACCAAUUACUCCAGAACCGGGAUUUUCUCCGUUGGAAAGAAAAAUCGGAUAUUAUCCGGGAUCCUCGUUUGAUAUUGAGCUAAAUAGACAGGAAAUGGGAGAGGAUGAAGAAGAAGAGGAUGAAAUUCUGGAUUAUCCUCGCUCAAUAGAUCCAAGGGAGUCGAUUUUUGACCGGAUGGUCCCCUCCUCCAGGCUGGAAGACAUUGAGGAGGAAGGAUCACUAAAAAAUUCGCCAAAGUCCGUUCUCAGCUUAGAAAUGAGUGCCACGUCCAUUGUGGAAUUUGAUCAUGACAAAGGUUCACUGGAAGGGAGCGGAAGUGGAGGGACGGGUACGAGUAGCAGCAAUGGACGGCCUGGUUCACGGGAAUCCUCAUCCUCCCUUAACGAAUUUGAACGGUUAGAAUCCGCCGUGCUGGAUGAGGAAGUGAAAGUUGAUCUCUCUGAAAUUGAAGAAGGCCACGAAUCCCAAGUUUCAGAAUCCGACGACCAAGAGACUGAAUUAUACGAACAAGACUCAUACUGCGACAACGAUCCUGAUCUCAUGUCCGAAGCGGAUGACAAAAUGAUGAAAAUAUUCUCCGAAAGAAUCGAUAUUCCUACCGACUCAGAAAGUUCGAAUUCCAACUCAAACAAAAGUUCGUCUCGAAUCCCAAGGAAAUCCGACCCCAUCGCCUUCUUCACCACCACUUUAGACCCUCGAUCUCCCUCAAUUGAGGAAACAGACACCAACACAUCGCAAUUCGACGAGUAUCACCUCGACCCAAGGUCCGAACUUGUCGGGGGCAGUACCGAUGCAGAUUCCAGCCUCGAAUUCCAACACCAAUUCACAAAACAACGCAUCUCAAGAGGAAUGACUUCAAGUGGGGAUUCUUUAGAUGAACCCGUCUCCGCAUCGACAUCUCGAGGAGGAGGACGAGAUGAUGACGCUCACACUCCACAAAAUCUCAUGGAGAUCUCUCGAGACUCCUUAGAUUUGGAGAAGGAGUCCUCUUCCAAACGCUCUUCAGACUCUCCUCCUCCAGCCGACCACAAAAUGGUCACUUCUACAGAUUCUCUGCAACUUCAGGCUCAAAUGUCAUCCUCAUUUUCCUCACAUCCCGCCGCCCCAAUGACAGAUUCCUUCACGAAUAACGUUAUGCAAACCUCGUCACGAUCUAACGUCAUGACCGACUCGCUCGAAAUGGAAGGUGGCGUAAAAAUGAGCGAGUCCGUCGACUCUUUAAACGGCGGAAACCUAACUUCAACCGCCACUGAGCGAUCUUUAUCCACCGUUGCUGCUGCCGCGACAAUGGCGACGUCCACCACGUCCACCGAUUCACUCGAGGGCGGCCCAGGCGUUGCGGAACACGGGCUUUCGUCCUCUUCCAGCACUGCUGCAGACGCCGCGAUGUGGUCCAGCACGUCGGGAUCCGUCUCUACGUUGAUGUCAAGUCAAGAAGACUUAACUCUGGAGGGAACAACUCAAUCUUAAUCAUUUGACGAAUGAGAAGGCGGGGUAGAACUAGACAGUGACAGUCAUGAAGACAACAGCAGCAGCAUCAGCCAACAAGAACAAUACAAAAUUACUACUUCAUCACACCAAAAACCAAAACAGGAAAGAGAACAACGCCGAGAUCCUGAUCC